AGUUACAAACCUCGGUUAAAGAGACAAGUUCCCACACCCGGCUGGCUCGCCCACCUUUCCUGCAGCUGCCGUGCGUGGUGAUUUUAUCCGUAUUUUCAAUCGUGAAGGAAAAGGGACUUACUUGGCUGAGGAAAAUGCUAAUUAUCUGGAUGUGACCGUGGCGAGAGAACGUAUGACUGGAGGAAGCAGAAGAUGAGGAAAACCAUUAUUUGAAGAGGAGAAUAAACGACCCCAGCCUUCUCUGAAAAUUGGUGCUAUUCUGGGGUCAAUUUGUUUUCUUCCCUCCAAAUUUAGAAACCUUGAUUUGAGGGCACAGAGACAUCCCCCUACCCCUGGGGAACCUUUCGGGCUUUGAAGACCCUUUGGAUGUAGCUUUGGUGGAACAUUUAGGCACUCUCCUCUGGACAAAUCACCAUGAAUUCUGUAGCUGCGAAUAAAGAGAGGCUUGCAAUCUCCACCAGGGGCAAGAAAUACGGGGUGAAUGAAGUCGGCUCGCCCACCAAGCCCGCGGCGCCCUUCUCCCCUGAGAGCUGGUACAGGAAAGCGUACGACGAGUCGCGCGCCGGCAGCCGGCCCACCCCCGAGGGCGCGGGCUCGGCGCUCGGCUCGUCCGGGACCCCGUCCCCUGGCUCAGGCACCUCGUCUCCGAGCUCCUUCACGGGCUCCCCAGGCCCCGCCUCCCCAGGCAUCGGCACCAGCUCGCCGGGGUCCCUGGGCGGCUCGCCAGGCUUCGGCACGGGCUCCCCCGGCUCCGGCAGCGGCGGCGGCUCCUCCCCCGGCUCGGACCGCGGCGUCUGGUGUGAGAACUGCAACGCCCGCCUGGUGGAGCUGAAGAGGCAGGCUCUGAAGCUGCUCCUCCCGGGGCCCUUCCCGGGCAAGGACCCUGCUUUCUCGGCUGUGAUUCACGACAAACUCCAGGUCCCCAACACCAUCCGGAAGGCAUGGAAUGACCGGGACAACCGCUGUGACAUUUGUGCUACGCACCUGAACCAGUUGAAGCAGGAGGCCAUCCAGAUGGUGCUGACCUUGGAGCAGGCAGCAGGCAGUGAGCACUACGAUGCCUCCCCUGGUUCGCCCCCACCCCUCUCCAACAUCCCCACUCUGGUGGGGGCCCGGCACGUGGGGGGUCUCCAGCAGCCCAGGGAUUGGGCCUUUGUGCCCGCCCCCUGUGCAACCUCCAACUACACAGGCUUCAUCACCAACAAGCAUAGCAGCAAACCCAACAGCCUUGGGGUCACCAAUGGGGCAGAGAAGAAGAGUGGGUCCCCAACCCACCAGGCCAAGAUCAGCCUCCAGAUGGCCACCAGUCCCAGCAAUGGGAACAUCCUCAACUCAGUGGCCAUUCAGGCUCACCAGUACCUAGAUGGCACCUGGUCGCUGUCAAGAACCAAUGGGGUUACCCUGUACCCCUACCAGAUCUCCCAGCUGAUGACAGAGACUGGCCGAGAGGGACUCACCGAAGCAGCGCUGAACCGCUACAAUGCAGACAAGCCUGCGGCCUGCAGCGUCCCAGCCUCACAGGGCUCUUGUGUGGCCAGCGAGCCUUCCACAGGCACCUCAGUGGCCGCUUCCUUCUUCGCAAGAGCUGCCCAGAAGUUAAAUCUGUCUUCUAAAAAGAAGAAACAUCGGCCUUCUACUUCUUCUGUGGCUGAGCUGCCUCUCUUUGCCACCAGCUUCAGUGGGAUUCUGCAGACCUCCCCUCCCCCCGCCCCACCCUGUCUGCUGAGAGCCGUCAACAAGGUGAAGGACACCCCCGGCCUGGGCAAGGUGAAAGUCAUGCUUCGCAUCUGUUCCACACUGGCUCGUGAUACCUCAGAAUCCAGCUCCUUCUUAAAGGUGGACCCGCGGAAGAAGCAAAUCACCUUGUAUGACCCCCUGACUUGUGGGGGUCAAAAUGCCUUCCAAAAGAGAGGCAACCAGGUCCCUCCUAAGAUGUUCGCUUUUGAUGCAGUUUUUCCACAAGAUGCUUCUCAGGCUGAAGUGUGUGCUGGAACUGUGGCAGAGGUGAUCCAGUCUGUGGUCAACGGGGCAGACGGCUGCGUGUUCUGUUUCGGCCAUGCCAAGCUGGGAAAGUCUUACACCAUGAUUGGAAAGGACGAUUCCAUGCAGAACCUUGGCAUCAUCCCCUGUGCUAUCUCUUGGCUCUUCAAGCUGAUAAAUGAACGUAAAGAAAAGACUGGAGCCCGUUUCUCAGUCCGCAUCUCAGCCGUGGAAGUGUCGGGGAAAGAGGAGAACCUCCGGGACCUACUGUCUGAGGUGGCCACGGGCAGUCUGCAGGAUGGCCAGUCUCCAGGGGUGUACCUCUGUGAGGACCCCAUCUGUGGCAUGCAGCUGCAGAACCAGAGCGAGCUGCGGGCCCCCACUGCAGAGAAGGCUGCCUUUUUCCUGGAUGCCGCGAUCGCCUCCCGCCGGAGCAACCAGCAGGACUGUGACGAGGACGACCACCGCAACUCCCACAUGCUCUUCACCCUGCACAUCUACCAGUACCGGAUGGAGAAGAGUGGGAAGGGGGGAAUGUCUGGAGGCCGCAGCCGUCUGCACCUCAUUGAUCUUGGCAGCUGUGUGAAAGCUCUUAGCAAGAAUCGGGAAGGGGGCUCAGGGCUGUGCCUCUCACUGUCUGCUCUGGGCAACGUCAUCCUGGCGCUCGUCAACGGCAGCAAACACAUCCCAUACAAGGACAGCAAGCUCACCAUGUUGCUGCGGGAAUCCCUGGGGAACAUGAACUGCCGCACAACCAUGAUCGCUCAUAUCUCGGCAGCGGCGGGGAACUACGCAGAAACCCUGUCCACCAUCCAGAUCGCAUCGAGAGUCUUGAGGAUGAAGAAGAAGAAGACGAAGUACACGUCGAGCUCCUCUGGGGGAGAAAGCUCCUGUGAAGAAGGCAGAAUGCGCCGGCCCACCCAGCUGAGACCAUUCCACACCAGGAAUGCAGUGGACCCUGACUUCCCAAUCUCUCACUUGUCCAGUGACCCCGACUACUCCUCCAGCAGCGAGCAGUCCUGUGACACGGUCAUCUACAUUGGGCCUAACGGCACCGCCCUCUCCGACAAGGAGCUCACCGACAAUGAGGGGCCCCCUGACUUUGUCCCCAUUGUGCCGGCCCUGCAGAAGACCAGGAGUGACAGCCGGCCCACAGAGGCAGGAGAGGCCACUGCCAGCAAGUCAGAAAGGGAUUGCCUGAAGUGCAACACAUUUGCCGAGCUGCAAGAGAGGCUGGAUUGCAUCGACGGCAGCGAAGAGCCCAGUAAGUUUCCUUUCGAAGAGCUGCCUGUCCAGUUUGGGGCAGAGCAAGUGAACAAAUGCCCCUCGCUAAGCCAGGCAGCUGGGGCCAACUUACUCUCUGAGUCUGAUAAGGAAGAGAAUGAGUCAGAUGACCAGCUGACCGAGAGGGAAGGCGCUGACUCCCCAGCCUCCAGGAUGCAGCGGAAUCACUCGCCCGUCCCAGCUGCGGCGCUCACCAGCAGCCCCAGCCCUGCUUCUCCCAGGAGCAUCCCGGGCAGCAGCAGCCAGCAUGGCUCCUCCCAGCUGGUGCACAGCCCCAGCCUCCAGAGCAGCCGUGAAAGCCUGAACUCCUGUGGCUUCGUGGAAGGCAAGCCCAGGCCAAUGGGCUCCCCCCGGCUGGGCAUCGCCAGCCUGUCCAAGACUGCGGAGUACAAGCCCCCCAGCUCUCCCUCCCAGAGAUGCAAAGUCUACACCCAGAAGGGGGUCCUGCCCUCUCCUGCUCCCCUGCCUCCCUCGAGCAAGGAUUCCGGCAUGGUGUCAAGUGAGUCCUUGCUGCAGCCUGAGGUCCGAACCCCACCAGUUGGAAUGAGCCCCCAGAUUUUGAAGAAAUCCAUGUCUGCUGGGAGUGAAGGGUUCCCCGAAGCCCCUUUUGAUGACGACCAUCCAGCAGCAAUUUCUUCUGAGUCCAAGAAGGAGAUCCUGAGCACCACGACGGUGACGGUUCAGCAGCCCCUGGAGCUGAAUGGUGAGGAUGAGCUGGUGUUUACGCUAGUGGAGGAGCUGACCAUCAGCGGGGUUCUGGACAGUGGCCGCCCCACGAGCAUCAUCAGCUUCAACAGCGACUGCUCCGUGCAGGCCUUGGCAUCGGGCUCCCGGCCUGUCAGCAUCAUCAGCAGCAUCAGUGAGGACCUGGAGUGCUACUCGAACAUGGCUUCUGUCUCCGAGGUCAGCAUCACGCAGUUUCUGCCCCUCCCAAAGCUGGCGCUGGACGAGAAGACCCGGGACUCUGGGAGCCGGCGCUCCUCCAUCAGCUCCUGGCUGAGCGAGAUGAGCACGGGCAGUGAUGGCGAGCAGUCAUGCCACAGCUUCAUAGCCCAGACAUGCUUCGGGCACGGGGAAGCCAUGGCAGAGCCUCCAACCUCGGAGUUUGUCAACAGCAUCCAGAACACCGCCGUGGUGUGCAGAGAGAAGCCCAAGGCGGGCCCUGACAAUGUGCUCAUCUUGUCUGAAAUGGGGGAAGAUGCUUUCAAUAAAGCCGCUCCCAUCAAAGCCUGUAAGAUAUCGACCCUGGGCAAAGCCAUGGUCACGAUCUCCAAUACGGCCAACCUAGGCCGCUGUGAAGGUUACAUCCCCAUGAAGACCAACAUCACCGUCUACCCCUGCAUUGCCAUGGGCCCCCUGAAUGUCCAGGAGACUGAGGUAUCUGCUGUCUCUGUCACCACAGCCCCCAAAGCAGCUGAGAACCAGGACACCAGUGCAAGGAAGGAGAUGAAAUUUGAAGACCCCUGGCUAAAGCGAGAAGAGGAGGUGAAAAAAGAGACUGCUUAUCCUAACGAAGGGAUUACGUAUGAGACCAGGUGCGGCCCCACAAAGCCCGAGGCCGGGCCUGAGCAGGAGCAGGAGAGGAAGCCCAGCGCGGGCGACAGGCUCAGCGGCAGCAGUGCGGAGGUGUCUGCCUCCCCCAUGGCCGACAACAGCCGGAGGAUCGUGGACGGCUGUGAGAUGGCCUUGCCCAAUUUGGCCGCCCAGAGCCCUGUGCAUUCCAGCAAGAACCUGAAAUCCAGCAGCCUCCCUAGGGCUUUUCAGAAAGCCAGCAGACAGGAGGAGCUGGACAGCCUCUUCUACCACUGUGCUGCCGAGACCAAUGGCGUUGGCAGCACCUUGGGUGCCCAGCCCUCAAAGGCAACUCUGGAGAGGAAGGUGGCUUCACCCAAGCAUUGCGUCUUGGCUCGGCCCAAAGGGACCCCCCCUCUGCCCCCUGUCCGAAAGUCCAGCUUGGACCAGAAGAACCGGGCCAGCCCCCAGCACGGCGCCUGCAGCAGCAGUACCAGCAGCCCCUUGAACCAACCAGCGACUUUCUUGGCCAGCUUCCCGGAUGAGCCCAGCAGCAAAAUGAAGGACGCUAGUAGCAGCAGCAAGCUCUUCAGUGCCAAACUGGAGCAGCUGGCCAGCCGGACCAACUCUCUGGGCAGGACCACAGUCAGCCACUAUGAAUGCCUCUCGCUGGAGAGGGCCGAGAGCCUGUCCUCUAUGAGCUCCCGGAUACAUGCGGGCAAGGACAGCACCAUGCCCCGCGCAGGAAGGAGCCUGGGCCGCAGCGCAGGGGCCUCGCCAACCAACUCGGGCACCACCCAGUCUGCCGGAGCCUCGCCCAAGGCCAGCCAGUCCAAGAUCUCCGCUGUGAGCAAGCUCCUCCUGGCCAGCCCCAAAGCACGGAGCCUGUCCACCUCUACCACGAAAACCCUCAGCUUCUCCACCAAAUCCCUGCCGCAGUCCGUGGGCCAGAGCUCCAACCUGCCCCCUAGCGGGAAGCACAUGUCCUGGUCCACCCAGUCCCUCAGCAGGAACCGGGGCUCUGGCUCAGGACUGGCAUCCAAGCUGCCCCUGCGAGCAGUCAACGGCCGCAUCUCCGAACUGCUGCAAGGCAGCGCGGGCCCCCGAGCGCUGCAGCUGCGCACUGGGCCGGAGGCGGAGGAGCGCGGUGGCCACACAGAGGAGAAGGCCGCGGCGCCGCUGCACGUGCUGCCCUCGCCCUACAGCAAAAUCACUCCUCCACGCAAGCCCCACCGCUGCAGCAGUGGGCACGGCAGCGAUAACAGCAGCGUGCUGAGCGGGGAGCUCCCGCCGGCCAUGGGGAAGACGGCCCUGUUCUACCACAGCGGUGGGAGCAGCGGCUACGAGAGCAUGAUGCGCGACAGCGAGGCCACAGGCAGUGCCUCCUCCACCCAGGACUCCAUGAGUGAGAACAGCAGCUCCGUCAGCGGGAGGUGCCGGAGCCUCAAAACUCCAAAGAAACGGUCCAAUUCAGGUUCUCAGAGACGGAGACUCAUCCCAGCAUUGUCCCUCGACACGUCCUCACCUGUGAGAAAGCCCGCCAACAGCUCAGGGGUCCGCUGGGUGGACGGCCCCCUGCGGAGCACCCAGAGGGGCCUGGGAGAACCUUUUGAGAUUAAAGUCUAUGAAAUUGAUGACGUGGAGCGGCUGCAGCGGCGACGAGGGGGCAACAGCAAGGAGGUCAUGUGCUUCAACGCAAAACUGAAAAUCCUGGAGCAUCGCCAGCAGAGGAUCGCCGAAGUCCGGGCCAAGUAUGAGUGGCUGAUGAAGGAGCUGGAGAUGACCAAGCAGUAUCUGAUGCUGGACCCCAACAAAUGGCUGAGUGAAUUUGACUUGGAGCAGGUUUUGGAGCUGGAUUCCCUGGAGUACCUGGAAGCGCUCGAGGGCGUGACGGAGCGCCUGGAGAACCGUGUCAACUUCUGCAAGGCCCACCUCAUGAUGAUCACCUGCUUUGACAUCACUUCCAGGCGCCGAUAAGGAGAGUUGGACCCCUGCCCCACCAGCCCCCCUCACGCCCCAGGACCUCAAAGAGACAGUCACAGUCACCCAGGCCCUCUGUGUUGGAAGCACUCAAAGACACUAGAAUGAGGAUGAAGGUUGGUGGCAAGUCUGGAGUGAGCGUUGAGUGGAAGGCGAUUUUUCUUUUGUUUUCUGUAGGAAUGGUGCAAACACCAAACACACAUGGAAGGAGAAAAUGAUGGGAAGCCCAAGGGAUGUGGAAGCCCCAUGAGACUGAAAAAGCACUUUGAGGAACUUUAAAGAACUUGCUUGUACAUAAGAACUGUUAGCAAAAGACACCUCACCCUUCUCUUGCUUUAUGAGAAAGGGGGAGGGUGGGCGUAGGAUUGCCAUUGGAAGCUAAAACAAAACAACAAAAGAUUAUCCAGAAUGACUGAUUAAGUGCCUUGCAAAUCUGUAUUAUUAUCCAAACAUUUAUGUUGAUACUUUCUUGUGUACAGAUGGUGCUAGUCAAGAUUAAAACAACAACGACGAAACAAAAAAAAAUCAAACACAUUUUUUUGCAAUGUAUUUGCAGCUCGUUUUCUCUUGGUGUUUUAUCCUGUUUCUGACUUGCUGUUUCUAAG